CACGUCCUCCAAAAACAAAGACGCAAAAACCAAUCUGUCAAUGUGAAGGAAGCCCGAUAUAAUUAAAAAGGGCCUCCCUCUUCCUUCAUCAUCUUCUCCUAUUUGUCUCCUUCCUUCAAAUUCUCUCUCACCACUACAGACUCUCCGUCCAUCGGCUCUCCCGGUUUUCCGCAACGACCAGCCGCCUGUGUCCGGCAGUUCUCACGGCGAGAUCAGGUGCUCGUCUCAUCCCCCCGCCCCCACCAUGCAUGGAAGUUUUCAAAGCGGCUCGUUCAUGACCGAGCAUGACGAUAAUGGAAGCUCGCCAGAGAAUAGCAUUGGAGAGUCACCGCCAUGGCCUAGCAGAUAUGGCGAUACGAUGAAGACCGGCCCCACGGCAACAUCUCCUAAGAGGAGUAGGAGAGGUAUGCAGAAGAGAGUGGUUUCGAUUCCGAUCAAGGACGUGGAAGGCUCUCGGCUCAAGGGCGAGGGCGCGCCGCCGCCAUCCGACUCAUGGGCGUGGAGGAAGUAUGGCCAGAAGCCCAUCAAGGGCUCUCCAUAUCCAAGGGGAUAUUAUAGGUGUAGUAGUUCGAAGGGAUGCCCAGCCCGGAAACAGGUGGAGCGCAGCCGCGAAGACCCCACCAUGCUCCUCAUCACCUACUCUUGCGAGCACAACCACCCUUGGCCCGCUGCGAAGAACAACCACCACCAUCUCAAUCACCAAAACUCCUCCGCCGUGACCAGUGCCGUCGAAGACAAGCCCAAAAUGCCUGCCAAUCUACCCAAUCCAGAAGCCGAGCCCGAGCCUCCCGAGCCCGAGCUAGAGCCCGAUCCUGAACCCGAAGAGAAGUUUCCAGACAUGAGCGACGAAUCGGUGCUCAUGUGCGCUACGGACGAGUUCAGCUGGUUCAUGGACAUGCCGACGACGUCGUCCACGAUUUUGGAGAGCCCCAUUUUUACAGAGAGCGGCAACAAUAGCGCCAGCAAGGGCGCGGCCAUAGACGCGGACAUGGCCAUGUUUUUCCCGAUGAGAGAAGAGGACGAGUCGUUGUUCGCCGAUCUGGGGGAGCUGCCGGAGUGCUCGGUGGUCCUUAGGCACGGUCGGAGCGGUGGUGUGAGCACCCAAGUUCAGAUCUGCUGACCCUUCUUUUUUCUUAAUUAAAUUUCUAAUCCCACUUGUAUUUGUAUUUUCCCACUUUUCUUUUUAUCUAAUUUUUUCCCAUUCCUGGUUAAUUUAUUGCUUAUGGAUAAAAUAAAAAAAGAGAGAGGAGUUGUUCAAUUCAACCGUGGACGGAGGUGUCGUGCGCCGUAAGGAGGAGAAAUCUUGGAAA